AUGUCCCCCGACCUGCCAAGCAACAUGCGUGCCCUUGUGCAAACUGCGUACGGACGACCCUCCAAAGCUCUCACUGUCCAAACCCUGCCUCUGCCUCCCUACGCUCCCACCUCCGACGAUCUGCUUAUCAAAGUCAAGCGCGCAUCAAUCGCCCCGGCAGAAUGGGGGUUUCUCGCUGGCUAUCACCGUCCCCUGGGCAUCCUUUCCCUCCCCGAUAGGCUGGGGUUUGACUUCUCUGGAGUGGUCGUACGCGCUGGAGAAGCCGCUCAGGCGCAGGGUUGGAAAGAGGGAGACGACAUGUUCGGCGCACUGCCGUUGGCUAAGAAAGGCACAUACGCCGAGUACAUAACCGCCUCGAGCGAGUAUUGUGCGCCUAAACCGGUGAACAUGACAUGGGAAGAGGCAGCUUGCUUGUCUUCGAAUGGGAUGACGGCGCUUCAGGGGCUAGAGCGGCACGAGGGUGCGAGAGAAGUCGCAUUCGUCACGGGGGGGUUGGGAGGUGUGGGCCAUCUUGCUAUCCAGCUCCUGCAUGAACACUUCGGGUUCAAGAAGAUCAUCACCUCCGUCUCCACUGGAAAGGUAGAGCAGAUCAAAACUCUUUACCCGUAUGUGGAAGUUAUCGAUUACAAGACCUCAACCCCUGCUAAAGUGAUCCCUGCCAAAUCCGUCGAUCUCGUCUUCUCCACCAUCGGCGCUCCAGCCCAAUGGACUCCCCUGCUCGCCACACAGCGCCCCACACCCACUUUGAUAGAGAUCACCACCGUACCCGGCGCUCCGGGGAUGGAAGCCAGCUGGGGCCUAACGCUCCCCUGGUACGCUCGGUGCAUGGUCAACACUGCGGCGGUCUUGAUACGCCCCCGGAAUCCAAAGGGGUCUAAGUAUGUCGCCCAGUAUACGGCAUAUAUACACCGCGACCUUGAGGUGUUGAAUAAGGAAGCUGCGGAAGGACGACUGAAGGUGAUGACAGGCCGAGAGUUCACAAUCGAUCAAGGCGCAGAGGCGUUUGACCUCACGCACAAGGGCGUCGUGGGUAAGGUGGUAUUCCACAUCUCGGACUGAUCUUUCAGUUUCUAUCGAGGAUCGUGUUAUGUUACUUACCGCUCCAGAUCUUGCGCAGGAGGAACGCCGAGGAUUUCAGUCGGUUUUCCCGCUUCGUCCCGACUAUCUCCCAGAUAUAAUAUUCUUGGCUUGCGACUGGCUGUGAUAGGGGAUGAUUUAUCUGUUUCACGAUGUUAGUCUC